AUGCUGACCAAGGCGUGUUUUGUUCUUCUCUUCCUCUUCAAAUCCAGAUACUCUGACAGCGAAUACGAGUACCGACACGUGCAACUGCCCAAAGCGAUGCUCAAGGCUAUCCCCAAGGACUAUCACGAUACCUCCAAGGGAACUCUGAAGCUCCUGUGGGAAGAGGAAUGGCGAGCGAUCGGUAUUACCCAGAGUCUUGGCUGGGAGCAUUACGAGGUCCACGAGCCUGAGCCCCAUAUUCUACUUUUCAAGUAA